CUUGCCAACACUUCUACAAACACUUCUUCAAUGUUUGAAGCUGUGUUUUUACUAAAUGGGAUAUGUCGAUAAGAUAGGCUAUAAUGUGAUAAAGUGCGCUGUAUUUCCCAUAAACUCUUCUCUAAUUUAACAUCCAAAGGGAUUUAACACGGAGGAAAAGAAUGGUGUGCCAGGGUGUUUUUACCUCCAGUUUAUUUUUUAAGAGAUUUUAAAUCACACAGGUAGGCAGAGAUAGGCGGAGACUGACUUGCCUCACUAAGAAUGCGCUUUGACCAGAUGUAUGGCGUCUGUUAUUUUUUCAAUGUUAAAUGUAGACCUAGUCACUUUUAAUCCAUAUAAGAGGGCCGUUCAGUGGUAAUUUUCAACUAAAUGCUAUUCUGUGAUAAGGCAGCCUCUAAGUAUUGCCACAGAGCCGAGCCUACAUUGAGCUAUUUGACAAAUGCACGUUCGAUUCGGGGUGGAGUGAGGGGAGGCGUCACUGCUUCCAUUUCAGCUCGUGGGAAGAUACAUGUUUUGUCUUAGCUUCUCUCCGUCGUUGAUGGGAUUCGGAAGACUGGAAGGUACAAUUUGGGAUUUUUUCCUCGUGCGAUGGAGGAAUUGCUACCUUACCAAACAGUAAAGUUGGUUUAGAUGAACACGUCCCCUGAGCUCGUCUGAUUCAUCGCGAAGCCAAUUGGAUUCAGUUUGAUUUUACUUAAUGUCAUUGCAUUUUAUUUUACAUACAACUUUUUGUCUAAAUUGGAUUUGUGUUGAUGUUAACCUCCAUUUCAGUGACUUAUGCAGAAAUAGGUAACGAGUGGAGCAGUAUGACAUCAGUGUAGGGGGAGCACAACGUAGCCUAUUUUGUGCCGUGGAUGUCGACGCGCUUUUUUGUGCUGUACAGAUGCACCUCUUUUAGAGUUCAGUGGGAUUUCUUGGGAGUUCCUCUUCCUGUUCUCAACACUUGGAGACCACACAUUCGCAAUGGUUCUUUGAGCAACAAGCGACGCGUGCGGUAAGAUGCUGGGAUCCAUUGCGCACAUGCUGAGUGAAUAACGCAUUCUCGCAUUCUUUGGUAUUCUGAUACAUUUUCCUGUAGGCUAUUUUUGUCCACACCUGCGAAAACUUGGGGGCAAUGGAUUUUAUUUUUAAUAUAUCGGAUUGUAUUCGCAUACAAUUGUUCUGAAGUGCCUUCGCUACAUUUUGAGCGGAUCUAAGUCAAACGGUGGCAGGGUGGGAGAUGAUGGCCACAAACGGUCUCUUACAGCUGAAGCCCUACUUUAGGUUGCAAGUGUUCUGCAUGGUGAAAGCGUUUGUGGGUUUGACACUUUCGCAAGAGAUCUAUGCACCGCACUCGAUAAGAAUCGAAGGGGAUUUGACCCUGGGUGGCCUUUUUCCCGUUCACGCUCGCGGACUCCCCGGGGAACCGUGCGGUGAUAUCAAAAAGGAGAAUGGAAUCCACAGGCUGGAGGCGAUGCUGUACGCUUUGGACCAAAUCAACAUCGAUGAGGAGCUCUUGCCCAAUAUCACGUUAGGUGCACGGAUAUUAGAUACGUGUUCGAGGGACACCUACGCGCUGGAACAGUCUCUGACGUUCGUGCAGGCGCUUAUACAAAAGGACACGUCGGAUGUGCGAUGCACCAAUGGAGAACCUCCAGUAUUUGUCAAACCCGAAAAAGUUGUCGGAGUCAUAGGGGCCUCCGCAAGUUCUGUGUCGAUAAUGGUGGCAAACAUUUUGCGCCUGUUUCAGAUUCCACAGAUAAGUUAUGCCUCCACUGCCCCGGAGCUCAGCGAUGACAGACGCUACGACUUCUUCUCGCGUGUGGUGCCGCCCGACUCCUUCCAGGCCCAGGCCAUGGUGGAUAUCGUCAAGGCGAUGGGGUGGAACUACGUCUCCACCGUGGCGUCGGAAGGAAGCUACGGAGAAAAAGGUGUGGAGGCCUUCAUGCAGAUCUCCAGGGAGGCAGGUGGAAUCUGCAUUGCCCAGUCCUUAAAGAUUCCUCACGAUCGUAAGCAGGCUGAUUUUGACAAGAUUAUUGACCAACUUUACAGCACCAAUAAUGCCCGGGCAGUUAUAAUCUUUGCCUCAGAUGAGGAUAUCCGGGGAAUGCUCAAUGCCAGUAAGAAAGCAGAGAAAGUUGGACACUUUCUGUGGAUCGGCUCGGACAGCUGGGGAGCCAAGAACAGCCCUAUUCACCUGCUGGAGGAGGCUGCCGUGGGAGCCAUCACCAUCCUCCCAAAGAGAGCCACCAUCGCUGGGUUUGAUGCCUAUUUUACAUCUCGGACGCUGGAGAACAACAGGAGGAAUGUGUGGUUUGCUGAAUUCUGGGAGGAGAACUUUAAUUGCAAGCUGAUGAGUUCCUCAAAGAGAGAAGAUACCAGCAGAAAGUGCACAGGUCAAGAACGAAUAGGGUCAGACUCUAAGUAUGAACAGGAGGGCAAAGUUCAGUUUGUGAUUGAUGCCGUGUAUUCAAUGGCCCAUGCCCUGCACACCAUGCAGAAGGAUCUCUGUCCUGACACGUCAGGGAUUUGUCCAGAAAUGGAUGUUGCUGGAGGGAAGAAACUGCUCAAAUACAUCCGCAGUGUCAGCUUCAAUGGUAGUGCUGGAACAUCUGUGACAUUUAAUCGCAAUGGCGAUGCUCCAGGACGAUACGACCUGUUCCAGUACCAGGUCAACAAUAACAGCAUCCCUGGCUAUAGAGUUAUUGGACAAUGGAUGGACACGCUACAACUUAAUGUUGAGGACAUACAGUGGCCCAACGGUGAGCAGGAGAUCCCCAUCUCUGUGUGCAACCUGCCGUGCAGAACGGGCGAGCGGAAGAAGAUGGUGAAAGGAAUGCCAUGCUGCUGGCACUGCGAGCUGUGCGACGGCUACCAGUACCAGUGGGACGAGACCACCUGCAAGCUGUGCGCCUAUAACAUGCGGCCCAACUCCAACCGCACAGGGUGCCAACCCAUCCCCAUUGUCAAAUUAGAGUGGCACUCUCCCUGGGCGGUCAUCCCCGUCUUCCUGGCCUUGCUAGGCAUCAUAGCCACUAUAUUUGUCAUGGCGACAUUCGUCCGCUACAAUGAUACACCCAUCGUUCGCGCCUCUGGACGUGAACUAAGCUACGUGCUGCUGACCGGGAUCUUCCUGUGCUACAUCAUCACGUUCCUCAUGAUCGCCAAGCCCGAUAUGGGCGUCUGCUCCUUCCGACGUAUCUUCCUAGGGCUCGGCAUGUGCAUCAGUUACGCUGCUCUGCUCACCAAAACCAACCGAAUCUAUCGCAUCUUCGAGGAGGGCAAAACGACCGUGACGCCGCCGAGGCUGAUCAGUCCCACCUCCCAGCUGGCCAUCACCUCCAGCCUUAUAUCUCUGCAGCUCCUCGGGGUGUUCGUCUGGUUCGGGGUGGACCCGCCCAACGCCGUUAUCGACUACGACGAGCAGAAGACCAUAAACCCCGACAAGGCUCGCGGCGUCCUGAAGUGCGACAUCACGGACCUGCAGAUCAUCUGCUCGCUCGGAUACAGCAUCUUGCUGAUGGUGACGUGCACGGUGUAUGCCAUCAAGACCCGCGGCGUACCGGAGAACUUUAACGAAGCCAAGCCCAUCGGUUUCACCAUGUACACCACGUGCAUCGUGUGGCUGGCCUUCAUCCCCAUAUUCUUUGGCACGGCGCAGUCUGCUGAGAAGCUGUAUAUCCAGACGACCACCCUUACGAUCUCUAUGAACCUGAGUGCGUCAGUAGCACUGGGGAUGCUCUACAUGCCCAAAGUCUAUGUCAUUAUUUUCCACCCCGAGCUGAAUGUCCAGAAGCGCAAGCGCAGCUUCAAGGCGGUGGUGACGGCUGCAACCAUGUCCUCUCGCCUCUCUCACAAGCCCAGUGACAGACCCAACGGCGAGGCCAAGACCGAGCUGUGCGAGAAUGUGGAUCCAAACAGUCCAGCAGCCAAGAAGAAGUAUGUGAGCUACAAUGAGUUGGUGAUUUAAAGAGCCCUGCCAAUGGAGGGAUGGGAAAGAUGUGAUGUGGACACUUUGUGGUCAGAUUGCCCUUUUGCAAGAAAAAAGUAAAUAAAAAGGCUUCUUGGGUUUCAUGUGCUGUGCUACUUUUCUACAUCAGAAACCACCACAGCCAAGCAUUUCUCAGAGUUCCCUUUCAUCUGAGGGUCCGGCCUAUGUUUUCACCCUUCACAGGAGCCAAACAAGACCAAAACAAGAAGACAAAAAAAAAAAAACAUGGAGACAAAAACAAAUAAUAGAGUGAGAGAGAAAAUUUAAAAAAAAAUCCACUGUCUGUUUAAUGUAGGAAAAAAAUGAAAAUCUCUGAAAUGGAAAUCUAAGAAGAAUGCAUUUGGGUGUGGAGCUCUAACCCCAUUGGUGGAUGACACUGGCCACGCCCCUAAAAGAGAUGUAGGGGUGGAGCCAGCAGCACUGCUAAUCUCCCAGAACAGACGCUUCACUCACUGUCUCUCUCUCUCUCUGAACCAUGGCAGCACACAGAUCCCCCUCUCCUUCGUGUCUUUACUUGUACUUCCAAAUUGCAAGUUUUCCAAAAUUUGUGUAAAACUUUUGUGUGGUUAUUUUGGCAAACUGUUCAAUUUACAUUUAAUUUAAACUUUAAUGUUAUUUUUUUUCCCUUGCUUCUUGAAUGCACAUAAUGUUAAAGCCAUAUUCUUCUCUUCUGAGAUGUUAUGUUAAAAAAAAAAUCAUUAUCAUUAUUAUUCCUGAAUCUCUCGCCUUCUCCAGAUAUUGAUAACCUUUUCUCUUCUUAUAGAUAUUUUGGUAUUUUGUAAGGGUUUGUGAGCCAUCAGGAGUGUCUGUGACUACAAGAGAGCACCCAUUCAUGUUUUAUUGGAUCUAUCUAAACCCCAGUGAUUGAUGGUGUUGCAGUUUUAAAAAAGGUGUACAUGUCCCAGUUGUCAAAUGCAUGCCUGGUAUGUUUGAUGUUGCAGUGCAGUUGAUAAAUUAAGGAAUAAAUAUUUCACAACAAGGUUGUUCAAUCAACAUGCUCUCAAGGAAUUUUACAGCCUUCAUAUUGAUUUUCUAUUUCCCUGGAUUUCUUGAUUUCUUGACUCUUGACAUUUUAUCCCUCAAGGCAGAAUAUGGCUUUAAUUUUGUCUUGGAAUUUCUUAUUGGCCCCACAACAAUGGAGAAAUUGUGAACAUAUGAAUAUAUAUAUAUAUUUAAAAGAAAAUACAAAAAAUAAAAGCAUGUAUGUUUUCUACGGUUUGUAUUAAGUAUAUCUCUGUUGCCCUUGCAGCUUCUGUGCCAAGACUGUGGGAGUCACCUCCAUUUGGCCAUUCAUGCAACUCUUCUGUGCUGUUGUCCAAGAAUGUAUCGACAUGAAAUAAAACAGUUUGGUUA